UCUGUAGGUAAUUCACAACAUAUCUCAAAGCUGAAAAACUUUUUUAAAACUCACAAAGCAAACAUGAAGAAGAACGUAGAAUAUAUCAUUGAGGGCAACAUAGAAAAUGAAGCAAAACUUAAGGCUGUUUACACAGAACUGUUCAUCACAGAGGGAGAUAUGAAAAAUGUCAAUCAGGAACAUGAGAUUUUGAAGAUUGAUGAUGCUUUCAAAAACAAAAAAACACAGGGCAAACCAAUCAAAUGCAAUGAUAUAUUUACCGAACUGAGGAAAAACAGUGAGAAAAAAAUUGUUCUCACUAAGGGCAUCGCUGGCAUUGGAAAAACUGUCUCUGUGCACAAGUUCAUCCUGGACUGGGCAGAAGGAAAAGCCAAUCAAGAUAUACACUGUGUGUUCCUGCUUCCAUUCAGAGAGAUUAACUUAAUGACAAAUGAACAUUUCAGUCUCCUUGAGCUUCUGCUGGAAUUUUAUCCUGAACUGAAUGACCUGGAGAAAUCAAAGCUAUAUAAGGAAUGUAAGAUAGCAUUUAUAUUUGAUGGACUUGAUGAGAGUCGUCUGCCUCUAAAUUUUAAUAGUAGAUCACUGAACACUGUUGAGAAAAAAGCAUCUGUGGAUGUGCUCUUUACAAGUCUGGUCAAAGGGACUCUGCUUCCAUCAGCUCUUGUCUGGGUCACAUCACGACCAGCAGCAGCCAAUCAGAUUCCUCCUCAGUAUGUGGGGUUGUUCACAGAGGUGCGAGGAUUCACUGACCAACAGAAGGAGGAGUACUUCAGAAAGAGAUUCACAGAUGAGAGUCUGUCCUCCAGAAUCAUCUCACACAUUAAGACUUCUCGUAGUCUCUACAUCAUGUGCCACAUUCCUGUAUUUUGCUGGUUCACAGCCACAGUACUUCAGGAUAUUCUCACUGAGAACAAUGAAGAGAACACAACUCUUACUGAAAUGUACAUUCACUUCCUGCUUAUACAGAUGGACAUGAAGAGCCAGAAAUAUGAUGAUCAACAAGAAAGAGAAUGUUCAGAGCACUUACAAUUAAAUAAAGAGAUGAUUUUAAAGUUAGCCAAGUUAGCAUUUGAACAGUUGAAGAAGGAAAACAUUGUGUUCUAUAAGGAAGAUUUAAAAGAAUGUGGUAUUGAUGCGAGUAAAGACACUGAGUUCACAGGAAUGAUCGCUGAGAUCUUCAAAAGGGAAUACAGACUUCAUGGAGCAAAGGUCUUCAGCUUUGUGCAUCUGAGUGUUCAAGAGUUUCUUGCUGCAGUGCAUGUGUUCAUCUGUUACCUGAACAAGAACAUUCAGGGGCUUCAGUUUUUCUUUGAUGAGCCAAAAGAAAAUGUCACAUUGGAGGAGUUACUGCAGAAGGCCAUUGAUAAAGCCAUGAAGAGUAAGAGAGGGCAUCUGGAUCUGUUCCUGCGGUUUCUGAUGGGCAUUUCUCUAGAAUCCAGUCAAAACCUGCUCAAAGGCCUGAUCACACACCCUGAAGACACCACAGAGAGCAUCAAAGAAGUAACUAAAUGUAUUAAACAAAAACAAAACACGUACAAUAUCUCAGAUGAAGCUCUAGUCAACUUAUUCUACUGCUUACUUGAGCUGAAGGAUAAUUCAUUAUAUGAGGAAAUACAGAGUUACCUCAGUUCAAAUGAACAUCCAGGAAGAGAUCUCUCAUCUUCAAUGUGCACAGUGUUGACCUACAUACUGCUGACAACAGAGAAGGUGCUGGAUGAGUUCAACCCAAAGAGGUUCACAUCAUCAUCUUUCAACUACACAAGACUCAUUCCAGCUGUGAGAUGCUGCAGAAAAGCUCUAUUUGACAGCUGUGGUUUUAAUGAAACAUGCUGUGAAACUCUGUCUUCUGCUCUACAAUCAUCAAACUAUCUGACAGAGCUGAACCUGAGUGAUAAUCACCUGCAGGAUUCAGGAGUGAAGCUGCUUUCUGAUGGACUGAAGAGUUCACACUGUCGACUAAACAUACUGAGGCUGUGUGGGUGUCAUCUUACUGCUCUGUCCUGUGAAAGUUUAUCUUCAACUUUACAAUCCUCAAACUCUGUCCUGAGAGAGAUGGACCUGAGUAACAAUGACCUGCAGGAUUCAGGAGUGAUGCUUCUUUUGGAUGGAAUGAAGAGUCCAAACUGUAGACUGAAGAUACUGAGUGGAACAUGCUGGAAGAAGAAAAUUGGUGGAAUUGAGAAGAUCCUUCUCCAGUAUUGA